AUGGCCGCAAUCAUGUCCCCAAAACUGGAUACAACCUCACCGCAGGCCUCUCCUCCAUCCCCACUCUCGUCUCCCUCAUCCAACCCUAAUCAUCCGCCAUUACCUCCUCUAAUAACAUCGCCGAGUACGCGAAGAUCUACGCUGCAACGUCCUUCUUCAUUCGCAUCCAAGAACCGGCUCUCACAAUACUCAGCUUAUUCCGGCCCUUCACGUUCGCGGCCUCCCUCUCACAUAUUUCCCGUCUUUCACUCCAGUCUGGAUUAUACCCUUGUGCGAGAUUUCGCAUAUCCAUCAGUGCACCCUAUGCACUUCGGCCCUCCUCCCGAAUCUCAAAUUCCAUCAGGACUAUCUACACCAGCAAGCGAGUCGCAGAAGCGGUUGUCGGAUCCUGAGGUAUCAUGGGAUAUACCUGGCAGCUUUCCAUUGAAGAGUGGUUGGGCUCCAGGGUCAUGGACUAGCGAGGGGCUGAAUAAAGGCGAUCAGCUGGCACCAAUACAUUUUGGCGAUGGGCCUCCAUGGAGUGAGGACGAGGAUCUCCAAAGUCCCGUUGUUGUCAGUUCUCGCCAUAGAAAACACAAGUCAUCCGGCGGAGGGUUUGGGGGUGGGUCAGGACGGGGCAGAGGUCGACACGGAAGAGAAGAGGGGGAACGAAUUGCUAGCACCCUCAGCCGAGAGCAAUUUGACCACGAUAGACGGUAUUUGCUAGAAAAGAGUGGUGACGGAAGUGAACGAUAUUAUGUUAAUCAAGGAGAUGAGCCCAAUGGGCCAGGUGGAGAGAUUAUAACAUACCCUCCAGACCGAGCACAACAAACGGCACAGGGACCCCAGGCUCGAGCCGGUCAGAAAGAUUCUCAUUUUGCAGGUGUGCUCCCCAGCAGAUCCUAUACGGACGAGACGGGUCACGAUUAUCGAUCAGAAUCGGACGCCUCCAGUUCGGCAUCUUCGCCUGGCAUGACUCGGCAUGACGAAUCGCGAUAUUCGCGAGACUAUCAGUUUACGAUCGCUUCUCCAGAUGAAGAAAUGCAUGGUAAAGCGGUCGCUUUGUUUGACUUCGAGAGAGAAAACGAGAAUGAGCUGCCGCUAGUAGAAGGUCAAGUCAUCUGGGUAUCAUAUCGGCAUGGCCAGGGAUGGCUUGUGGCUAUGGAUCCAAAGACUCAAGAAAGCGGUUUGGUCCCAGAGGAAUACGUUCGGCUUUUACGCGAUAUCCAGGGAGGUUUAAACAGUUUGACCGGAACCAACGAUCAAAUGACUAGUCCUGUCGGUGGGGAUUCUGGCACACCGACGCAGGCUGAACACAAUCAAGCAUUUGGCCAUACACCAAGUUCAAGCAACGGCAACAACGGAUAUCCUCAGCCGAUUGUAUCUACCUUUUCAACAUCCUCAAGGGAUCUACACCCUUAUCCCCAACAUUUACUUGGAACUCAAGCAGGACAAGCUCCUCCACAGGUUAUCCACUAUCAUGGUCAGCGAGGUGGGAGUCAAGCUAAUACGCCAACAAUAUCAAAUUCACACGAGGGCUCCAGCGACCGAACUAGUAGCCAAGAUGCUAAGUUGAGGAAAAGCCAGGAUAGCUCGAAUUCAACGCCUAUCGCCAUUCUCCCUGCUGCGAAGCUUGAGCCUUCAAUCGAAGUUCAACAGCCCAGCAGCCCUGAUAGCGACACCACCGAAGAGUCAUCAGACGAAGACAAGGUGGCUCAAAAGUUAUGA